ACCUUAUGCUCGGGUUUCUUUUCCGCAUGCAUUCUCUUUUUAGGGGGUAGGCUUUGCUUGUAUGCUUUGAAUCCUCUUUUUGAUUCGAUUUUCGUUUGAGGAAGAUAGAUCCGCGAGGCUGCGAGCUCGAGUGAUUAGCAAUGGGAGUUCCGGCGUUCUAUCGGUGGUUAGCUGAAAAGUAUCCGUUGGUGGUGGUGGAUGUAAUCGAGGAAGAGCCAGUGGUUAUCGAUGGAGUUAAGAUUCCGGUGGAUACGAGUAGACCUAACCCUAACAACAUCGAAUACGAUAAUUUGUAUCUCGACAUGAACGGGAUUAUUCACCCUUGCUUCCACCCUGAAGACAGACCUUCCCCAACCUCUUUCGACGAGGUAUUCCAGUGCAUGUUUGACUACAUUGAUAGAUUGUUUGUGAUGGUGAGACCUCGAAAGUUGUUAUAUAUGGCAAUUGAUGGCGUUGCUCCUCGGGCUAAAAUGAAUCAGCAACGAUCUAGGCGAUUUAGAGCAGCUAAAGAUGCAGCGGAUGCGGCAGCUGAAGAAGAGAGGCUAAGGGAGGAGUUUGAGAGGGAGGGCAGAAAGCUACCCCCUAAAGAGGGCUCACAGGUUUUUGAUUCCAAUGUUAUCACUCCAGGAACUGAAUUUAUGGCUGUUCUGUCAAUUGCACUGCAGUACUACAUUCAUCUUAGACUAAAUUAUGAUCCUGGCUGGAAAAAAAUUAAGGUUAUCCUUUCUGAUGCAAAUGUUCCUGGUGAAGGGGAACACAAGAUUAUGUCAUAUAUUCGUCUUCAGAGGAAUCUUCCUGGUUAUAAUCCAAAUACUCGCCAUUGCCUGUAUGGUUUGGACGCAGAUCUGAUUAUGUUGGCUUUGGCUACCCAUGAAGUUCAUUUUUCAAUUCUUAGAGAGAUUGUUUUCACUCCUGGCCAACAAGACAAGUGCUUCCUAUGUGGUCAAAUGGGUCAUUUAGCAGCAGAUUGUGAAGGAAAGGCAAAGAGGAAGGCAGGGGAAUUUGAUGAGAAAGGUGAUGAGAAUGUUGUGGUAAAAAAGCCCUACCAGUUUCUCAAUAUUUGGACUCUUAGAGAGUAUCUGGAAUAUGAAAUGAGAAUUCCUAAUCCUCCGUUUGAGAUUGAUUUUGAAUGCAUUGUGGAUGAUUUUAUAUUCAUGUGCUUCUUCGUUGGCAAUGACUUUUUGCCACAUAUGCCCACAUUGGAGAUUCGUGAGGGUGCAAUCAACUUGCUUAUAGCAGUAUACAAGAAGGAACUUAGGACAAUGGAUGGGUAUCUGACAAAUGCUAGCAAGCCUAAUUUGAGCAGGGUGGAGCAUUUUAUUCAAGCAGUGGGAUCAUAUGAAGACAAAAUAUUCAUGAAAAGAGCGCGCUUGCACCAGAGGCAAUCAGAAAGAAUCAAGCGGGAAAAGGCACAGGCAAGAAGGGGAGAUGAUGUUGCACCUCAAGUUCAACCUGAGUCCUUGGUUCCAGUUGCUCGAUUUCGUGGUUCUCGUCUUGCUUCUGCUCCUUCACCUUCGCCAUUUCAGCAGAGUUUAGGACGCACUGCAGAUGUUCAGGCCCGUAAAGUUGCCCGUUUGUCUUCAUCAGCCAAUGUUGGUGCUGCUAUUGUUGAAGCAGAGAAUAGUCUGGAAAUAGAAAUAUGUGAAAAUGAAAAUAAAGAAGAAUUAAAAGCUAAGCUUAAGGAGAUACUUCGCGAGAAGAAUGACAUCUUCAACUCAAAAAAUCAAGAAGAAGACAAGAUAAAAUUGGGAGAACCAGGAUGGAAGGAAAGGUAUUAUGAAGAGAAGUUUUAUGCAAAAACUCCUGAGGAAAUUGAGAACAUACGAAAGGAUGUUGUUUUGAGGUACACUGAAGGGCUAUGUUGGGUCAUGCAUUAUUACUAUGAAGGAGUUUGUUCUUGGCAGUGGUUUUAUCCUUAUCAUUAUGCACCCUUUGCUUCUGACCUCAAAGAUCUAGAUCAGAUGAAGAUUGAGUUUGAACUGGGCUCCCCAUUCAAACCAUUUGAUCAGCUUAUGGGAGUUUUCCCUGCUGCGAGUGCCCAUGCUCUUCCUGUGCAUUAUAGAAAAUUGAUGACUGAUCCAAAUUCUCCUAUUAUUGAUUUUUACCCUACUGAUUUUGAAGUGGACAUGAAUGGAAAGCGGUAUGCAUGGCAGGGUAUUGCAAAGUUGCCCUUCAUUGAUGAAGCUCGCCUUCUUGCGGAGGUCAAAAAGAUUGAACACACGCUAACGGAGGAGGAAGCAAGGAGAAACAGUAUGAUGUUUGACAUGCUUUUUGUGUUAUCAUCUCAUUCUCUUGCUGAGAGUAUAUAUUUACUUGAUAAUCACUGUAAACAAUUUACGGACAAAGAACGAGUUGAAGUCCAAGAACGUAUUAAUCCUGAGUUGAGGGCUGCGUGCAGUGAUGGGAUGAAUGGCUAUAUAUCCCCUUGUUCUGGAGAUACUCAACCUCCUAUAUUCAGGUCUCCGGUUGCAGGGAUGGAGGACAUUUUGGACAAUGAAGUCAUAUGUGCUAUAUACAGGCUUCCUGACCUACAUAAACAUAUAACACGACCACCUGCUGGUGUCAUAUUCCCUAAGAAGAUUGUAAAUGCAGGGGAUCUGAAACCUGCACCUGUUUUGUGGCAUGAAGAUUCUGGCAGGAGGCCUUGGGAAAGUGAAAGGCAUAACCCCCCUGGAACUAUCUCUGGCCGCCACCUUGGGGAAGCAUCACAUCGACUUGUCGUUAAUAGUUUACAAGUAAAGGUGGAUCGCAAUGGUUAUGCCCAUCAUUUGCAUGCCCCCCCACCGUCUUAUGCUGCGGCUCCUCAUGUCCCACCACAUUAUUCCCAUUCAAAUGGAUUUCAUGAUCCAGGAAGACAUGGCAUUGUGCAUCCGAGAAGGGAUUAUUCUCAUGCUGGUCAACAUAGGUUUUCAAACCCUCACUAUAACCGUGGUUAUGGUCAGCCCUAUGCUUCAUCAGGUGGCAACCACCAUUAUGAUGGGUCUAAUCCUCAAUAUGAAAGAGAUAACCGAUCAGGGGGACCGCAUUCAAGGCAGGUACAUAACACACCAGAAUUUCAUCAGAAUGGUGGACCACGACACCUGCAUGGGUCCAUUACACAAACAUCACCUGGGGUCACUGCCUAUGGUUAUCAAGGUGCUUAUGAUAACUAUCAGAGGCAUCAAUCGCUUGGAGUUGGUGGUCAGCAGUGGGGUGAUGGUUUCCCUCCACUGGCUGAUCAGAAUGUUCCCAGAGGUUAUAAUCACCACCAACAAAGGGGUAACAGAUAUUCUGCGUUAGAUGCGAGAGGAAGUAGGGUGCCUCCGUCUGGUGCUGUUGGGCCAAGUAGGGUGCCUCCGUCUGGUGCUGGUGGGCCUAGUAGGACGCCACCACACCAUUUGCCUCAUGGUGGGCAAAGUAGACGGCCAAUGCAGCCACCACCUGGUGGAGCUGGUGGGUUUCACCAACCAGCACCACCUAGUAAUGGAAAUAGGGGGCCUAGGCCUCCACCACUUGGUGGAGCUAAUAAGAGGCCAUCCCCAGCUGGGUAUGGGCACCGAUAGAAUUAUUUCUCAUCACGGGAAGCAUACCUUCAAAGCUGUAAAAUAGUUGGCCUUCAUUUGCCAUUUGUUUCUUUUUAGGUUUUACUAUUUUUUUUUCUUGAUGUGUUGUAUUCUGAUUAGUGGCACUGGCCAUUUCUUCAUGAUAGACAGUGGAGAGAUUAUUUGUACUUCCUAACAUAAGCCUCCUUUACAAAUUCUGGAGCUAAUUGAUUUGUUGGAUAAAAAUUUUCCUUGUGAGGCAAAUUUUCCUCCUUAGACAAA